AUGUUGGAUUGCCACGUUCCUUCAAUUCAUUGGUUUCUUCAAAUACUGAAACCUUUUUAUCUAUCUAUCUUACUGCUGGGAACUAGCUAUGCUACUCCAGUAGAUAUCUGGAGCUGUGGUUGUAUAUUUGCUGAAUUAUUUACUAGAAAACCUCUCUUCCCUGGGCAAUAUGAGGUUGACCAGCUGGCGAAGAUCUUCAGUAUCCUGGGUACUCCUAGUGAAACCGAGUGGCCUGAGGACAGCUCCGUCCUCCGUAACUCAUUCUCCUACUCCAGGCCUAGAGACCUCCAGGAUCUUAUUCCGGAACUAGAUUUAGAGGCCAAGGAUCUUUUGGAGAAAAUGUUGCAUUUUGACCCAAAGAAGCGUGUAACAGCAGCGGAAGCCCUCGCCCAUCCAUAUUUUGCAGAAUACGGAUUGAGUCCGCAUGCGCCGACACCUUCACCGUCAUCCAGCACACGUUCAGCACCACGCCGGUCAGAUCUCUCAGAUUCAUCCAUGAACCUCAGCCAUGACAGCUCAGGGAGCUCAGCAAACAGCUCUGGAAUAUUCGACAAGUCUUCCUUCUAAUACAAAGACGAUAUCUCCGGCUCCAAAUGUCGUCCUUGAAUCUCAGAGAACAAUCUGCAGGACUUCCAACAAAGUAGGAGACUUCAAUAACGUUUAUCUUGUCUUUGCCCUAAAAAAAACUAAAUGAGUAAACAUACAAAGGAAUAGAGUUUCAGGAAACCACAAUUGAAAUUAAAAUUCCAUAAGUCGUCUUUGAAGUCUCAUCCGUUGAUGGAAACCCUGUAGGGAAUGAAGUUUUAGCAUGAACCCAUUUUGUUUUUAGAAAAUUUAUAUUUAAAUCUCUUUAGAUCCCAACUUUUAAAAAGUACAAAAAUGGGUGAAAAUCCAAAUUUCACAUUUUUCAACUGAAUUUACAUUUACGUCACAAACCGGUGUAUAUCUAGUAUUCCUAAAGAAUAUUGUGAAUUUUAUCAAAAAUUUAGAGUUUUGUAUUUGAUGUGUACAGGAAUAUACCUCGCAUGGGUGUCACAAAUAUGCCACUCAUUUUGUAAAAUAAUCAUCAAACUUUUUUUUUUUAAUUUUUCAACAUGCAUUUGAUUCUGAAUUAUGAGACUAUUCUGAAACUGAAUAAAAGACAAUUUCCCAAACCCUAGAUGAUAAUAGCAAUAGUAACUUAAUCAUACCUCAGCAGGAAAAGACAAAAUUCGGUUUUUUAAUUAUUUUCUAUUUUAACAAUAAUACUUAUUAAGAAACCGAACUGCAUUGCAAAGGCUGUAUCUUUACAAUUCAAUAGUAAACAGUAAUCAAAAAAGUAGAAAGACAAAGAAACCAAAGUAAACAUCACAAUUACACUUUUAUCCAUAAACCAUUCUAUAGUUUUCUUAACAAAAAUGUUUAAUAUGCUUAUUUUUUAACUCCACACAUUUUUGUAUACAAUAUACAUUCAGUUUUUCUUUUGGUAAUUUUUCUAAAUUCCGCUUUUGCGGGAUGUAGGGGAAUUUUAUGCUUAUUCGUUGUAAUUUAAUAUAAUUAUUAUUUGAUGUUUAGAAUAGACCAGGUUCCUUAUUUUAAUGUAUUUUCUGUAAAAUUGUCAGUUAUUUUUACCUCAUUGUAUGUUUUUAUAAAACUUUUGGAAAUAAAUCGAAAUAAAU